CGGCAGCGCCUGCUCGGGAGGCCGCGCGCCCAGGCUCCUGCUGUCCCGAGCGCACGGGAUGUUCCACGGGAUCCCCGCCGCCCCGGGCAUGGGAGCCCCCGGGAACAAGCCGGAGCUGUACGAGGAAGUGAAGCUGUACAAGAACGCCCGGGAGCGAGAGAAGUACGACAACAUGGCCGAGCUGUUCGCGGUGGUGAAGACCAUGCAGGCCCUGGAGAAGGCGUACAUCAAGGACUGCGUCACCCCCAACGAGUACACGGCGGCCUGCUCGCGGCUCCUGGUCCAGUACAAGGCCGCCUUCCGGCAGGUCCAGGGCUCGGAGGUCAGCUCCAUCGACGACUUCUGCCGCAAGUUCCGCCUGGACUGCCCACUGGCCAUGGAGAGGAUCAAGGAGGACCGGCCCAUCACCAUCAAGGACGACAAAGGCAAUCUCAACCGCUGCAUCGCCGACGUGGUCUCGCUCUUCAUCACCGUGAUGGACAAGCUGCGCUUGGAGAUCCGCGCCAUGGACGAGAUCCAGCCCGACCUGCGGGAGCUGAUGGAGACUAUGCACCGCAUGAGUCACCUGCCACCCGACUUCGAGGGCCGGCAGACCGUCAGCCAGUGGCUGCAGACCCUGAGCGGCAUGUCUGCGGCGGACGAACUGGACGACUCCCAGGUGCGGCAGAUGCUCUUCGACCUGGAGUCGGCCUACAACGCCUUCAACCGCUUCCUGCACGCCUGACGCUGCUCCUGCUCCCCGUGGCCUGUGCGUGUGUCCCGUCUG